AUGAAUCCCGAAUACGAUUAUUUGUUUAAACUUUUAUUAAUUGGUGACUCUGGUGUUGGAAAGUCUUGUCUUUUACUCCGUUUUGCUGAUGACACUUACACCGAAAGUUAUAUUUCCACCAUCGGUGUUGACUUUAAAAUCAGAACUAUUGAAUUAGAAGGAAAAACCGUCAAGCUUCAAAUUUGGGAUACUGCGGGUCAAGAACGUUUCCGUACAAUCACUUCUUCCUAUUACCGUGGUGCCCAUGGCAUCAUCGUUGUCUAUGAUGUCACAGACGAGGAUUCUUUCAAUAAUGUUAAACAAUGGUUACAAGAAAUUGAUCGAUAUGCAGCUGAAGGUGUGAAUAAGUUAUUAGUCGGUAACAAGAGUGAUUUGGUCGACAAAAAAGUAGUUGAUACCGAACAAGCAAAGGAAUUUUCUGAAUCAUUAAAGAUACCACUUUUGGAAACCUCUGCCAAGGAUGCCACUAACGUCGAACAAGCUUUCUUGACCAUGGCUAAGCAAAUUAAGGAUAGAAUGGGUUCUACCAUGCAACAAACACAAACCAAAUCCACCGUCAAGGUCGGCCAAGGUGCUGCUCUUGAGCCUAAGCAAUCUGGUGGUUGUUGUUAA